AUGCGUAUUAAAUUAAACCUUUGGCAACUGACACCGGACCGAAAUCCAGCAGUUUAUUGGCUUCAUAUAGACAGAACUUGCAUUACAUUAAUAAAACAAUUGAAAGAAAAAGUACGAAAAGUGUUAAAAGAAUCUCGUGAUAUAGAAUUAUGCUUUGACAAUGUACCAUUUCUAGAUGAAGAUGAUAUCAAUGCAAUUAAUGAAAACGAAGAAAUAGCUGUUAUACUGAAAAAAAAAAAUAUUUGUGAUGACCCAAAGUAUAUCCAAACCGAAAAAAAUACUAUUGAGUUCGAUACAGAAUUUGAUAUGAUUCCUGCUAAUACCCAUGGAGAUUUGUCCCCAUGUCGCAAAAAGAUUAAGCUCAAUAAAAAAUUAAAUUCAACUAAACAAAUAACAAAUUCUUUUGAUAAUGGAAUAUCAUCCCCUUAUUGUGAAGUGGAUGAUGAACCCAAUAAUGAUAAUGAAAAUUCAACUUCUUCCGAACUCUUAAAAAAAAUUCCAAAGAAAAGAAUUCGCAAGAGGACACAUAAAAAAAAAAAAAAUAAUGAACUUGUUGAAAACGAACCUGUUGAAAAUGAUUAUGUGGGUACUUUAUCCGAGACUUCUAUCAUAUCCUCAAAGGAAGCUAGUAAAUUGCAUAAGCGCUUUAAAUUAGAUAAUGGAGAAAACAAUCUACAAGAAGGUUGUUCUCCUUCCAUAAAUUCUGAAGAACUUCAUGUAACUACAGAAGUUUUUCGCUGUGACUCUCCAACUUUAAAUUCUAAAGAACAAACAAAUAUAAGCCUACCUGUCUGGAACUAUGAAAAACCAUUAAAUAUUAAAUUCAAUAAAGUUCCAGUAUUUGUACGUGGUCAAACAUGUACACCAAAGGCUUUUACAGAAAAUAGUUCUUCUAUUGAAAAUGAAAACAAUAAAUCUAAUGACAGCAUUAUAAGUGAAAAUUGUGAUAUGUUAGUAGUAGAUUGGAAGAACAUGACUCAGAUAAAAAUAACAAAUAUUACGGAGUUACAAAUUUAUGAUCUAUUACAAUUCAGAAUUAUGUCCAUGAAUGAUUGUGGUGAACCCCAAUUGUCAUCUGUUAUAACUGCACGUCUAGAUCACAUUUAUAAAUGUACAUUACAUAUUCAAGUACUUUCUGGAAUAAAAGAAUUUUUAACAAUUAAUCCAAAAUUCAAAAUGGAUGAUGAAGAAGAUAUUGGAACUCAGCGUGAAGUUGAAUUUGAUGAUUUAUUUGACAUUUUUAAACUAGUCUAA